AUGCGUUUGCUGAAUGCUGUUAUCCUCAUUCUUUAUGGUACGGCAGUUAAUGCCGUGGACCCUAAAGAGAUCUACGAUGGGGGAUACAAUUCGACCACAUCGCCUCUUCUGCUAAGAAUUGCCAAUGGGGGCGCCGGGCAAAGUGGACUCGUAAAGGCAUUAGCAGAUGCGUUUAUUCAAGAAAGCGUAAAUAAUGGAUCGCUGCCCUUCCAGUUGGGCUGGGUGCUAAGCGACACAACCUUCUCAAUCAAGUACCUACAGAGCGGUGACGCCGAUGUAGGAAUCACAUACAACAAGGCGGCAGAGAUGAUCGCUGUCAAGGGGGAUAUCGUCGACCCAAAAACAUACUACAUCUUCCGUGACCAUUUUCUGGUUGUUGGCCCUCCUGAGAACCCUGCCAACGUCAAUUCGUCCAUGGAGAUUAUCCCUCUGUUUGCGAGGUUAUUUGAAGCCGCUGACCUUGCUAACACCACCAUUCCCACUCGGUUCUUGACCCGGUACGACAAGUCAGCCACGAAUAUCAAAGAGUCGGAGCUAUGGCUUGGGAUCGGCCAGGUUCCUUGGGCAACACCCUAUACUACGUGGUACCAUCAGUACAUUGGGUUUCCCAUCCAGGCUCUGACAGCCGCGAUACAGCUUAAAGAAUAUACCUUGACAGAUCGUGGCACGUACCUGUCGCUAGACAAGGCCUUGUCGAACCGAACAGUCAUCUAUAAGGCAUCAACAGACAAUGAAACAGACUUGCUGCUCAAUCCAGCGCACCUUUUAGUCGGAAGAAAGGCAAAAAACCUCACAAUGGCGUAUCAGUUCGCCAACUGGUGUGUGAGUCGGAACGGCCAAAGAGUUAUUAGCAACUUCAAGAAAAAUGGAGAACAGCUGUACACUGGUGCUCCUUGA